AUGGCGAAAGGAUCCAAGUCAGCGGUACCAGCUACGCCGGUGAAGUCGGGACGAGGAUCGGCCGAAGGUUCGUCAACGAUCGCGAGUGACUUAACGUCUCGGUUGUCGACGUUCUCCGAAAGGUCGGUCAGUUUUGAAGAGUCGGUCGACGAAGAUUCGGACGCCAAGGAUGACAUGAUGAUGGACUAUGAUGACCUGGAGGAGAAGACUCCAACGACGACGCAGGAGUUCGGAGAUGAAGAAGAUGCGAUGCUGUCCGCGGGACGUAGCGGAGGCUCGCGCUCCUUGUCCCGGAACCUCGUCGCGGAAUUUGAUGAAGUGGCGAAACCCGACCAUGCGGAUGACGACUUUGAGGAUGGCACCGAGACCUCGGCUUCGAGGGCUCUGGUGCAGGUUACUAAGGGUCCCCAAGAAUCCCGCGGAAGUCGGCCCGCUAUGAACAGCAGCACUCCAGCUGCGAACAAGGUGCUCGGCAGAAUGCUCGAGCAGAUGGUGGAGUCGAGCGAGUGGAUAUGGCAGUUCAAUCCCGAGAUGACGCGUCAAGCGACUUGGGCUGAGCUGAAGGAGGAGUUGCAACACCCCGUUGAGUCGACCUCAGUUACUCAGGUAGCCGAGGACACGGUGUCUCUUCUACGAGCGAUGGGCUGCGAGCCAAGGACUCGUCCGUCCGAAGUCUCGAUCAAGAGUUGGACACCGGGUCUCGCCGGCAAGGAGCUGCAUAAGUGGAAGAGGAAGCUUCGCCUGAGCUUCGGGGAGUCGGGCCUGACUCUGGGACGCCCCCCGAGUGCUCGCCCCGCGAGGGAGCAAGCUGAUCCUUCGAAGUUCCCACUGCCACAGACACCCAAGAAGUCCGCCGAGCGGUCAAACCAAAGCCAAGUGACGGACGGAGUGUUCUCCGCCAAGACCGAAGGUUCGCCGUACUUCCAAGACUCGCACAUGGUGACUCCUAGGUCGGCGAGUCGAGCCGACCGUAUUGCACGUGAGUCCGAAAGUUCGCGACGCGAGCGGAGCACGCAACGAAGCUCCACACUACGCUCAAGCCGCCGGUUUACACCGCGCGAUGACUCCUCGUCCGACGAGGACGACAAUGACAACAUCGACUAUGAAGAUGGGUUUGACAGCCCGAGCGAUGAGUUGGUCCGUCAAGUGCGCGAAGUGAGUGAGAUGGAGCGACUGAGUUCGACUCCUCGGCUCGAGAUCGCCACACACCGGCCGCUUGCGCAGAUCAAGAAUUUCUCAGGAGCCCGCAAUCGGAGUGAAAACGCUAUGCAGUGGCUCCGAGCUUUCGUCUACGAGAUGAAGGGAACGCACACUCCGCCUAACGAGUGGUGCAUGGCUUUCGAGCUGAGCCUUCGGGACGGUGCCCUUCACUGGUACCGUCAACUCCCGAAGAGGACUAAGCGUCAGUGGAAGCGACUGAGCGAUGCGUUUAUCAAGUACUACUGCUCGCAGUAUAGCCAGUCUGCGAAGGCUCGCUACUACUCUGCGAAGCGCGAGUCCUCGGAACACCUUUGUGACUACCUCAACCGACUGAAUGGUUACGCCCAUAAUGCUGGCCUACAGUUCGAGAGGGGUGGUCGCGAUGCGAAGGACCAUGCACAGCGGUUCCUCGAGACGUGCGGUGACCGAAGCCUCGAACGCCGGCUUUGCCACGUUCGGGUGAAGGACAUUCACGAACUCGAGGACAUGAUCAACGACAUCUUCAAGUCUGCAGAGCGUGGGCAGUCGCGCGAGACCUCGUCUCACCACUCGCGCAGUCGAGACCAACCGCGUCGUCGUGAUGACCGUUGCCACGAAGCUUCGCGUGACAGUUACCGCCGCGACCGUGGUUACGAACCGACAGCGAGAGUGACACCAGUGAUUAUCAUUACUCCGAGAGCGAUCCGAGUGAUGGUGGCUACAGUGACGUUAGCAGCUCUGGUGAGGAAGGAGCUCACGUCGCUGCUGCCAAUGAACGCGAGCGACGCCAAGCAGCUGAAGGAACGUACGCUCGCCCUGACCAACGUCAACGCAAGGGUGGUGAACCCGGCCGAGGAUUCGACCGGAGUAACCGCCACUCCGGCUGAGACAACCGUGAUGGUCGUCCGCGUCAGUACGGACCGUGCGCAGCUUGUGGUGGAGCCGGGCAUUCGGCUCACUACUGCUACUGCCGCUGCCGACUGUGCCAGCAGGUGCAUGACAUCGGCAAGUGCGAAGCACUUCAAGCCCUCACUUCGUUCAUCAAAACGAAGGCCGAGAAGAAGGACCUCUCGCCAGAGCUCCAAAGCCUAG